ACAUAGUAGUUUUCCGUCGGGCCUCCGUUUGUUGAAGAAAAUUUCCUUCAUCGGCAAGCACUGAUUGUACACGCUUAGGUGCUUCCAAACGCGGCGUUUCUCAUUCCUAGAUUGAAGCUGGUGCCGGCGCCGAUAGCUGAACCUUCCGAUCAACGGCGGAGCUACCGAAUCGCUGUGCUGGUUUCUUCUUUUCCAAUUUCCUGCAGUAUGGAGCGGCAGAGAUGGUUGACGGUGGCGAUUUUUGCUUGCCUGAUCGCUUUUUCAGUCGGAAGGGAGGUCAGAAUAAACCACAAGCACAGCGGUGAUACUAUUUCCUACAACCAUACUCUUGCCCAAAUCUUGGUGAAAUUUGCUUCUGCGGCAUACAUAUCUGAUUUAACAGAACUGUUUACUUGGACAUGUUCAAGAUGUGAUGGCCCGACAAAGGGGUUUGAAGUUAUAGAACUGAUUGUUGAUGUCCAGCACUGCUUACAGUCAUAUGUUGGAGUAUCAAAUAGUCUUAAUGCUGUUGUUAUUGCUUUUAGAGGAACUCAAGAAAACAGCAUACAGAACUGGGUUGAAGACCUAUACUGGAAGCAGCUUGACCUGAUGUACCCUGGAAUGCCAGACGCAAUGGUGCACCAUGGGUUUUAUUAUGCUUAUCACAAUACAACAAUACGCCCUGGGAUAUUACGUGCUGUUGAAAGAGCCAGGAAAUUCUAUGGGAACCUUGACAUCAUGGUGACUGGACAUUCAAUGGGAGGGGCAAUGGCAGCAUUUUGUGGGCUCGAUCUUGCUGUUAACUACAAAGCCCAGAAUGUCCAGGUUAUGACAUUUGGACAACCUCGUAUCGGCAAUUCAGUAUUUGCAUCUUUCUAUAGCAAUAUAGUGCCAAAUACAUUCCGAGUUACACAUGAACAUGAUAUCGUUCCCCAUUUGCCUCCGUUUUAUUCUUAUUUACCUAGAAAGACUUAUCACCACUUCCCAAGAGAGGUGUGGCUUUAUGAUAUCGGAUUCGGAAGUUUGGUUUAUCGAGUUGAAAAGGUUUGUGAUGAUUCUGGUGAAGACCCAUCUUGUAGCAGGUCUGUCUCUGGCAAGAGUGUUUCAGAUCAUUUGGUGUACUACGGUAUCGAGUUAAAUAGUCCAGCAUGGAGAUCAUGUAGAUUUGUAAUGAAUCCUCUUCUGGCGGCAUUUGGAACAACUGAUCUGAAAGGAAACAGAGUUUUCUCCAAGGAUCCUGAAAUUCCUGCUCUCAUAUUGAAUCAACAAUCAGUACUCCAUGGCGAAUCAGCAUGAUAGCUUAAAGAAGACGACGUUCGAGUCUCAGGACGGAAUAGCUGUAGACAAAUUGGGUAAUGACUGGUAAAUCAUUGUGGCGUUUUGGCUGGUAAUUCGUUAUGAAACCUUGUAAAUAACCAAGUUGUUUAUUUGUACAUAUGGGAAAACGUAUAGAUUGAUCGAAUCAUGUGUUACACUGAAAAUGGUUGGUCUUUAAAAUAAUAUAUGGAUAGAAGAAAAUUAGAACAACAUAAAUGAAA